UGGACAAUGUCAUUCAAAACUGGCGGCCAACACGUGGCCACGUGCGGCUGUGAACGUCCACGGCCUGGGGGAGGUGUGGUCCUCUCCACCACUAUCACACCCUGCCACCAAACUCGUUGUGUUUCUUAAAGCCGUAUAUAUGGUACAUGUGACUGUUUCCUGCAGUCACACACAGAGGCAGGUCAUUAAAAUCGUGGCUAUUAAAUCAUCAAGAAGAAGAAGUCAUUAAAGGGAGAGAAUGAUCGCCCUGGGGUUGGCUGCGAGGCUGUGUCGGGCCGGCCAGGUCCUGCCCUCCAGGGUCAAGUUUGUGCAGAUUCAGCCUUACUUAAGGCGAACUACAGUUACAGUAGCAAGCAAAGUAAUUCAAAAUGCAGGUGAUGAGUUACCCGAAGUUGGUCGGAGGUGGGUGGGACGAUGGUUGUAUGGCUGCUCAGGCAUGGUCUUCGGGGCAGUUGUUCUGGGAGGGUUAACACGCUUAACAGAAUCAGGUUUAUCAAUGACUGACUGGCACCUGUUUGGCAAGCGCCCACCAUUGUCUCAAGGUGAAUGGGAGCGAGAGUUUGCCCAAUAUCAAGAUUUUCCUGAGUUUAAAUUGAAAAAUGCAAAUAUGACCCUACAAGAAUUUAAGUUCAUUUGGUGGAUGGAAUAUGGUCAUCGACAGUGGGGUCGAACCAUUGGGGCUUUCUUCUUGGUUCCAGCUGCCUACUUCUGGCAUAAAGGGUGGUUCACUCGUGCACUGAAGAAGAGAGUGGUAGCGUGUGGGGUUCUUAUUGGAUUUCAGGGUCUCCUAGGAUGGUACAUGGUGAAGUCUGGCCUCGAGGAUCGGUUUAAAGAUCCUUUGGACGUUCCUAGAGUAUCACAGUACCGUCUGAUGGCUCAUCUUGGAUCUGCCUUUGUUCUGUACAGCCUGUUUUUGUGGAAUGCUAUUACACUGACUUUUCCACCUCAGAAAAUUGUACAGGUAACUGCCCAAGCACAAAGGUUUCGUAAGCUUGCUCACAUCACUAAGGGCUGGGUGUUCAUCACAGCACUUUCAGGGGCUUUGGUAGCUGGACUGGAUGCUGGAUUGGUAUACAACUCUUUCCCAAAGUUUGCUGAUCGGUGGAUUCCCAGUGACCUUUUGGCAUUUUCUCCAGCUCUUCGAAACUUCACUGAAAACCCAACAACAGUACAGUUUGACCACAGAAUCAUGGGAACAGUUUCUCUGUGCUUGGCCACAGCCUUAAUGGUGUGGUCUCGGAGAGGAGUGAAGCUGCCCCCACGAGCAUACACUGCAGCCACAGCACUUGGGGCGGUGACUUGGAUGCAGGUAGGCCUAGGCAUUGCAACUCUGCUGUUGUAUGUGCCCAUUGGAUUGGCAGCCAUGCAUCAGUCUGGGUCCCUUCUCACACUCUCUUUUGCUAUUUGGCUCACCCAUGAACUAAAGCAUAUCAAGAAGAUACCAAAGUGAAUUAAGAAUUAGGUGCUGAAAGUUAGUAUACUGUACUUACUGACAUCUGGUAGAGGCUCAGCAAUCACCAGUUUUAAUGAGGAAUCACCUGUGGAAGCAGUGGGGAAGGCCAAGCCCGUCUCGGCACACUGCCAGUACUCGAGGACCUUGAGUCGUAGACCAAUAUUGCCGCCCAGGACAAACCCUUCCUCAACAUUUUCUUCACUGCUCAAGAAAAAUAAAUCAGGUUAAUUAAGCAGAUUUUCAACAGUAAAAUAUUUAUGGGUUAUGGAUUAUCCAGAAAGUUAUAUACUGUACUGUACUGCUACUGCUCGUGUGGAUUUACAGCAGGAAAAAGUGCCCAUCAUGAUAGAUUUCCUAAUGAAACUACUACCUUUACGAGAUAGACAUAUUGGUAUUGGCCAAAAUAUUUUACUAGACCCCACCAACUGCCCUGCUCAUGCCUGUAUAGUAGCUUAACAUAUUUUACCACUAAAUUAACCCAUUAGCACUGUUUUAUAAACUUUUAGUACUUUUGGUCAUUCUUUUAAUAUUACUGUACAGUAUAUUUUAUAAACGUUUUUGUAUAAUCAACUAUUCAAACAAUAUUUAAAGGAGAAUUAUGAGACAUAGUACAUAUGUUGAAAAAUAGAUGAUGAGCCUAGAUCAAAUAAUUCAGCUGCAAACUAAAUUAAAUUGCUGUAUGAUAAUUUUUAUUAUCCUAGCCUCACAUGGCCCCAAUUAACAUUUUGUAGUUCUCUCUAUUGUUCACCGACAGUCAUACAUAAGCAUCAGUACAGCUAAUACUCACCGAUUGGCCAUAAAUCUCUGCAUUCCAAAGCAUUUUUCAUACCAGGCAAUUAAAUCUUUAGAUUUUCCAGCUUCACACACAUAGGUGAUAUGAUCAAAAUGUGUUAAGAUUGGGACAUGGUCAUUUGGACGCUGUAUGGGUGUGGCCACUUUGUCCAAAGAAGAGGUAAAUUUGUGUAAAUCCAUAUAUUUUUGCUUUGGAAUUCCAUCAGAUACAUUGAUGUCCUGUAUAACAGAUGGUGAAUUAACAUUGUUUGCAAAAGAAAUACAGUUGUCAAAAAGAUG